GGGUCAAAAUUCUACACACGUUUCUGAAACAUCCUUCCGCCCUUCGUCAAAUAAUUUAACGAAAAUUCUUCUAUACACGGCGAUGCAAGUCCACGUACACUAAUUAUGCUAUCUCAGUCAUUCAUAUGUGAGGUCCGUUAUUUAUCAUUCAAAACUAUGACUCUCCCAUAAUUUGAAGGAAUCCGAAACUCAGACGAGCAACCAAACCUGCCACUCGCUUUCUCGCAGCUUCCAUUGCUCCAAACACCGCAAUGACCGCAACCAGUCUCCGGACGAACAAGGACACGCGUGGCACGGCGUUUGUGGUCUACGAGGACAUCUACGAGAUUACGACGCCAAGACCGCCGUCGACAACCUCUCCGGCUUCAACGUCGCCAACCGCUACCUGAUCGUCCUCUGCUACCAGCAGGCCAAGAUGGGCAAGAAGUUCGACCAGAAGAAAAAGGCGGACGAAAUCGCCAGAAUGCAGGAAAAGUACGGCGUCUCCACCAAAGAUAAGUAACCAAACAUCCCCAACUGAUCAAUCCUCUCCGGCCACUUCUGUGUUUGGUAAUUGUAUACAUUGUAUUUUCGUUCAGAGUUUCAGGACCCAGAAGACGAAAGAAAGGACGAAAUGGCCAAUUAAGAGUUUAAGACGGUGUCUCUCUCCUCCACCAAAGAUAAGUAAUUUUUUUUCGACUAGACCAAAGAUAAGUAAUUAGUUUCUGUCUUUUUACACUGUUUUCAUCAAUGACCGCGUCACCGUCUUUAUGUCUGAUUCAAACAAGAAGAAUUUUAGGCUUUGAUGUCGAUUUCGGAAUCUUAAUUGUAGUCCGCGAAGAAUUUCGUCGAAAUGCUUUGAGACAAGAUGUAGAGGAAUAGGACGUAUUGGAAACGUUAUUCUAUAUAUAAUUUUUUUUCUUACGAUUGGACAACUUAUCUCGUUCUCUUUGGCUCCAUUGAUAGUUUGAUACGAUCAUAAUCGAUCAUAAUCGAUUACGUGCCACAAUGGAGGGUGACUUUGAUAAUAUCCCCGAAGUUUCUUUGAAAUUUCUAUUUCUAGCGAUCAACUGAUGAAGGAUAUAAUUUUUUAAAUCAUUUGUUUAAAUAACUAUGUUGGGCAAUUAGUACAGGUUCAGAUUAAGCCGAAGUUUUUCGAAGGAUUCAAACAUGAUCAAGAAGAACUACUUCUCCGACCUCAAUAAGCUUGCUCUUACUAUCUUUUUCUUCUCUCUUUCUUCGACGACUCCCUUAUCAAUGCCACAGACCACUGUGAAUGUGGGAAUUAUUCUUGAUGACCUUGAUUCAGUGUCUGGGAAGAUAUGGUUGAGUUGCAUCAAAAUGGCCCUCUCAGACUUCUAUGUUUUUUAUCCUCACUACAAAACUAGAUUGGUCUUGAACACUAGGGACUCCAAAAGAAGUGUGGUUCGGGCAGCUGCCGCAGCUCUAGAUUUGGUAAAGAAUGAACAAGUGAAAGCCAUCAUCGGACCAGUGACAUCUAUGGAGACGAGCUUUGUUAUUAAUCUUGGAGAUCAAGCUCAUGUGCCCAUAAUUUCAUUUUCUGCAACAAGUCCUACUCUUACCUCACUCCGUAGCUCCUACUUUUUCCAAUUUGCACAGAAUGACUCAUCCCAAGUGAAAGCUGCAAGUGCUGUUGUUAAAGCUUUUGGAUGGAGACAAGUUGUGCCCAUCUGCAUAGACACUUUGCAUGGAAGGGGAGUCCUGCCGUUUUUAGCCGAUGCCUUACAAGAGGUUGGUACCCAUAUUCCAUACCUCAGUGUCAUUUCCCCCUCUGCAACCGAUGAUCAAAUUACAAAUGAGCUUUACAAGUUGAUGACCAUGCAAACUAGAGUCUUCAUUGUCCAUAUGACAACCAAUCUAUGCUCUAAGCUAUUUGCCAAAGCAGAAGAGAUUGGAAUGAUGGUUGAAGGCUAUGUUUGGUUAACCACUAGUGGGAUUACUAAUCGUUUAACUUCAAUGAAUUCUUCAGUCAUCCAUUCCAUGAAUGGAGUUAUAGGUGUGCAAACUUAUGUCCAGAAAACAAGAGAGCUGGAAGAAUUCAAGCUCCGGUGGAAAAGGCAGUUCCAAAAAGACUAUCCACUCAUCGUUGGUGCUGAAUUGGAUGUUUUCGGAUUUUGGGCUUAUGAUGCUACUUUUGCCAUAGCAAUGGCAAUUGAACAAGUGAUUGGGGCUACAAGUACUUUUGCUUUCCAAAAACCAAAUGCCUCCAACAAGUCCACAGAUAUUCUCGGGAGUUUUCCCAUCUCUACAUAUGGUCCAAGACUUUGCAAAGCCCUAUCAAGUACUAGAUUCCCAGGCAUUGCAGGAGACUUCAUCCUCAUUGAUGGGCAACUUCAAUCAUCAAAUUUUAGGAUUAUUAAUGUCAACGGACGUGGAGCAAGAACAAUUGGAUUUUGGACACCACACUAUGGACUUGUAAGCAAAAUGAGUUCCACAAAUUCCACAUGCCAUCUUGGACCGGUUAUAUGGCCAGGAGAGUCUCUCUCUGUUCCCAAAGGGUGGGAGAUCCCAACAAAGGGGAAGAAGUUGAGAAUAGGAGUUCCUGUUAGGGAUGGGUUUACUGAGUUUGUUAAGGUAACAAGAGAUCCAACCACCAACACAACAGAUGUUACCGGAUUCAGUAUUGACGUCUUCAAGGCCGUAGUUGACAUGUUACCAUAUGCUCUUCCUUACGAGUUCAUUCCCUUUGCAAAGCCUGAUGGCACCAAAGCUGGCACUUACAAUGACUUGUGCUAUCAAGUAUAUCUUGGGAAUUUUGAUGCUGUGGUCGGAGAUACAACAAUUAGAGCAAAUAGGUCUCUGUAUGUGGAGUUUACGAUGCCAUAUGCAGAAUCCGGGGUAGUAAUGGUUGUGCCCGUCAUAGACACAAACAAAAGAAGUGCAUGGGCUUUCUUGAAGCCUUUAGAUUGGGAUUGUUGGCUUGUAAGUCUUUGUGUCUUAUUGUUUACCAGUUUUGUGGUUUGUGUCAUUGAAAGUCAAAGUAUUGAAGAGUUUCAGGGCUCUGUAGCGCAACAUGUCUGGUUCUCCUUCUCAACCAUGGUUUCUGCUCACCGAGAGAUAGUGGUUAGCUACUUGGCUAGACUUGUUAUGAUAAUAUGGAUAUUUGUUGUGCUACUAGAGACAAUGCAUAUUCAAGCAAGUCUGAUAUCAAAAUAUACAGUUGAAAAACUGGAGCCAUCCGUUACCAAUAUCAAGGAUCUACUAAGGAAGGGGGAAAACAUUGGCUACAUACCAACUGCUUAUACUUACGAGAUGUUGAAGCAAGUAGGUUUUGAAGAUUCCAAGCUCAUGGCUUUGGGAACUAUGGAAGCCAUUGAUGAAGCUCUUUCGAGAGGGAGUGCAAACAGUGGCAUUGCUGCUUUUGUUGAUGAAGCUCCCUACAUGAAGCUUUUCAUUGCAAGACAUUGCUACAAAUAUACCAUGAUUGGACCUAUCUUUGAAACGAAUGGCCAUGGCUUUGUAUUUCCAAAACGUUCUCCUCUUCUAUCCGAUGUUUCACAGGCAGUUCUAAGCGUGAUGGGACCAGAAAAGAUGAUGAACCUUGAAGAUAAAUGGUUCAAGAACGACAGCAAUUGUCUAGACUUUACUAACCCAAUAGUUUCUAGCAAAGGUCUUCGAAUUUGCAUUUUAUUUGCCAUUUGCUUCAUCUCAUCAGGACUCGGUGUCGGAAUGACAUCUGUAGCUAAGUUUACUUAUUACAAGUAUUGGAGAAGGUAUCCGGAAACAACUGAUGGCCCAGGAAGUCCAACACUCGGCCAAAGUCCGAAACACACCCAUAUGAAUUCUGUAUCUUGUGAUUCUGUAGAGCAACCAGCACUCUCAACUGAUCGUGCAUCGCCAGAAAUAGCUCCGGCAUCCGCAUCUUCUGAGAUUGCUGCCACAACUAGUUCCUAUAAAACUGGUCUGCAACAACCAUUUCUUCCCCACGCAUAACAAGAGAAUCUAUAUUCCUUUUGUGAUCGAGUAAACUAUACCAGUAAACAAUAGAAGUUUGAUCGAGUAGUCACUUCUACAACAAACAGUAGAAGUGAUUACUCAAUAAAUAAAUACCAGCCAAAUGCAUGCACAACUGCCGCAGCAUGUUGAUGGACUCUUUUUAUUGUAUUUUUUAAAAAUUGAAUGCAAGUUAAAGACUAUGACAAA